UUAACUGUAGAGCUCUCGAAUAUCAGCUGAACAAAUACCUAAUAAGAACGAUUAAUUUGUUUCUUUAAUAUUGAAUAUUAUUGUUAUUCUUUUUUUCAUCAUUACAAUAUUAUAUUUUUUUUUACCUUAAAAAAUAAUAUGUCAUUAAAUAAUCUGCAUCACAUAGAAAAAAAAAUAAUUUAAAAAGGGCUACACUGAUUUUAGUGAUCAUAAAUGUUUGGUGUAGAAUCUCCACAACCGAAGUGUAUAGGACUUAUCGUGAUUAUAAAAAGAUACAUAGUAUUAAUUAAUAAUAAUUAAAAUUAAAAAACGCCUUAUUCACUUUCAUGAAAUAAUAUUUUUUUAUGGAAACAAAAUGCUGAAACGUGCAUAUACAUGGCAAUAUCUCGCUAUUAUCUUUGUUUCACUAUCCGCAGUACAAACAAAUAAAGAACCUAAAAUAUCGACGGCGGAUAUUUGUAAGCCAUUAAUAAUAGCCCAUCGUGGUGCCAGUGGUUAUGUCCCUGAACAUACUCUCGGUGCCUAUGCUCUCGCAGUUACUAUGGGCGCCGACUACAUAGAACCUGAUAUCGUUAUGACAAAAGAUGGACAUCUGAUCGCUCGACAUGACAACGAAUUAGGCCUUACCACAGACGUAUCGGAACAUCCCGAGUUCGAAUCGCGUCAUCGCAGUCAAGUUGUUGACGGUGUACAAAUAACCGGCUGGUUCACUGAAGACUUCACAUUGGCAGAAUUAAAGACAUUGCGUGCAAUAGAACGCAUACCUAAUAUAAGACCUGGUAAUGUUAGAAUGGACAAAUCUUUUGAUGUUCCUACUUUCCAAGAAAUUAUAGAUCUUGCUAAAAGCAUGCAAGGUAUUUACUGUCGUGAAGUAGGUAUAUAUCCGGAAAUUAAACACAGUACUCACUUUCGUCGCCUUGGAUUAGCUAUGGAAAGACCAUUGGUUGAUCUGUUACAUAAUAAUGGCUAUACAGGACCCAAUGCUCCUAUAUACAUACAAUCAUUUGAAAUAAGCAACUUAAAAGAAUUGAAGAAUAUAACUGAGCUACGUUUAAUACAGUUAUAUGGAUCGCAUCUAUCUCAGCCUGUGGAUCAAAGGGAACUCGGUACUAACCUCACCUAUGGGCAAAUGGCAACAAUCCAGGGAUUAAAAGAUGUAGCAACGUAUGCACACGCUGUAGGUCCUGAGAAAAAUUAUAUAAUACCGCGUACUUCUCUUAAUAAUCUAGGUAUUCCCACUGAUUUUGUAACAAAUGCACAUGCAGCUGGACUUAAAGUACAUCCAUAUACUUUUCGAUCCGAAAACUACUAUCUUCCUGCUGAGUUUCAAAGUAAUGACACAUCUCCACAUGCUAUCGGUAACUUUAGGAGUGAAUUAGAGGCAUUUUUAAAUACUGGAAUAGAUGGUUUCUUUGCUGAUCAGCCUGAUGUACCUGCUAAUAUACGAACAAAAUGUGUAAUUGAGGAACCGGUAUGUCAAUUCAAGCCGAACUCGGUCAGUAAAUUAGUAGCUUUGAAUUCAGUAUUAUCGAUUUCUGUUUUCUUUAUAUUUUGUAGCUACAUUUUUUAGUUUUAGUAGUAAUGGUAAUUGUCUCUUCUAUUCUUGUAUAAGCAUUUAUUUCUAUUUUGUUUAAUCUAUAAACAACAAACAUAAUAUACGUAUUUAUUAUUAUUAUA